AGAGAGAGAGAGAAUAAUUCGUUCGUAUGGCAGUUUCUUGAUCCCCCCCUCCCUCCUUCCCUUCCCUUCCUUCUUCUUUACAAAGACAGACACAGAGAGAGAGAAUACGGGAGGGAUACACUUCAGAAAUCAAGAAGGUAGAAGAAGAGCAAAAUCCGGGUCGUACCCGAAUAUCCAUCUCAAUCCAACCCGGAUUCCAAAGUCGUUGUCUUUCUUUUGCCCCUCCCCUCUCCCCUUCCCUUCCCUUCUUGGAUUUUGGCCUCAAAGAAAGAAAGAGAGAGAAUACAAACAAACAAACAAACAAACCAACCAACCAACCAACUUCUCUCUUUGCUCUGUGCCCAGAAACGAGGCUCCUUGUUUCUCUGCCUACACAAACACUUAGCCCUUCCCCUAACCAAUUUAUCUCCCCCUCUCUGUUUUAUUCUUCAACAAGUGCUCUCUCACAUUGUCCUCUUCUCCUCUCUCUCUCCUUUCAUCUGCCUAGGGCUUCUGCCUUGUGCUCUCCUUAUCUAUAUAUAUAUCUACGUUUUGCUUGAGAUUUGAUUUUUCAAUCUCUCUCUCUCUCUCUCUUGUAUGAAGCUUAAGAUCAACAAUGGGUGAUGGUAGCCUCAAGAAAAGCAAGCUUUCAUGGCCCAAAACAUUGGUCAAGAAAUGGCUAAACAUCAAGAGCAAAUCAGAAGAGUUUCACGCAGACGACUUGUUGGACAGAGGUGAAGGUGGAGAUAGGAGGAACAAUGUCAUUGAAAGAGAGGAAGCAUGCUCUGUCAAGAAAAGCAAAACUGAGACUCCGACCAAAAGAAAUAGCGCAAGAGCCCGACGAAACAAAAAUGAUUUCGAUCCACCCCUUGAUAAUCUUCGGGUAUUUACUGCAACAUGGAAUGUCGCCGGAAAAUCUCCGCCGAGUAAUUUAAAUGUGGAGGAUUGGCUUCACACUUCUCCUCCUUCCGACAUUUACGUUCUUGGCUUCCAAGAGAUCGUUCCUUUGAACGCCGGCAACGUUUUAGGCACUGAGGACAACGCACCCGCCAAGAAAUGGGUCUCUCUCAUCAGAAGAACUUUGAACACUCUUCCCGUUGGUGCUUGCCGGACUCCUUCUCCUGUUCCCCACCCCGUCGCCGAGCUCGACUCUGACUUCGAAGGCGAGUCUGCCGACGCCGAUAACUUCUCGCUCUACCAUCGGAGCAGGAGCCUCAGGAUGGACUUCUCUGCAUCAUCCCUGCCCCCUCAGCUCGACCGCAGAUUCAGCGUCUGUGACCGUUUCAUGCCAGACGACUUCUACGACCAGAGCUUCAGGUCUUGCUCCGACGACGACGAUCCUGAUUCUCCUCGUCAUUAUCAGUAUUCCCCUGUCUCGAGGACUGGAUCUUUUGUGGCAGACGACAGAGACAAGGGAAGAGACAAGUCUAAGUAUUGUUUAGUUGCCAGUAAGCAGAUGGUUGGGAUAUUUUUAACCGUCUGGGUCAAGAGUGAUCUAAGGGACAGUGUCAAGAACCUCAAAGUGUCUUGUGUUGGCAGAGGCUUGAUGGGUUAUCUUGGAAACAAGGGCUCGAUAUCGAUAAGCAUGUCCGUUCACCAGACGAGCUUCUGCUUUGUCUGCAGCCACUUGACAUCUGGUCAGAAAGGAGGCGACGAGCUGAGAAGAAACUCUGAUGUUUUGGAGAUUCUAAGGAAAACCAGAUUCCCUAGAGUGAACAACGCAGGCGACGACAAGUCUCCCCAGACGAUUUUAGAACACGAUCGGGUGAUAUGGCUUGGAGACUUGAACUACCGUAUAGCUCUAUCUUACCGGUCUGCAAAAGCCCUUGUCGAGAUGAGAAAUUGGAGUGCCUUGCUUGAGAAAGACCAGCUACGGAUAGAACAAAGAAAAGGAUGUGUCUUUGAAGGAUGGAAUGAAGGGACUAUCUAUUUUCCACCCACUUACAAAUACUCUAACAAUUCAGAUAUAUACGCCGGGGAUGAUCGGCUUCCAAAGGCCAAGAGACGGACUCCAGCAUGGUGCGAUCGCAUACUCUGGUACGGGAGUGGUCUUCAUCAGCUAUCAUAUGUACGAGGGGAGUCAAGAUUCUCUGAUCACAGACCAGUCUACAGUUUGUUCUCUGUAGAGAUUGAAUCAGUAUAUAGAAACCGUAUCAAGAAAAGCUCCAGUUACACCAGCUCGAGGAUCGAAGUUGAGGAACUUCUUCCUCAGCGGUAUGGAUAUUCUGAGUUUAACCUGUACUGAUUCAUCGUCUGGUCUAAGGAGGAGAACUCCAUGUUCCUAAAGCCUGAACAAAAAAAAGAGAGAAAAGAAAUUUGGGGUAGGAGAUUUUGUGGACUUUUGACAUGGAAGAGUCUUGGAAAAGGCAGAUCUUGGUCAACAUCUCUGUUUCUCGGUUAAAACAGGGGAAGAUUCGAGUGAAGAACACAAGAGAGAGUA